AUGGCGGAAGAACAUAAACACGAGGAGUCUCUGCCUAAUUUGGACCCGGCGGUUGAAGUUGUAGAGAGGGAAUCGUUGAUGGAGAAGUUAUCGGAGAAGAUCCAUCACAAAGGUGACUCGUCUUCAUCGUCAUCAUCAUCAUCAGAUGACGAAAAUGAGAAGAAAUCUUCCUCUCCAUCGUCUCUGAAAUCGAAGGUUUACCGUUUGUUCGGCAGAGAGAGACCCGUGCAUAAGGUUCUCGGCGGCGGAAAACCGGCGGAUAUAUUCAUGUGGAAGGACAAGAAGAUGUCAGGUGGUGUAUUUGGUGGUGCUACAGCAGCUUGGGUGGUAUUUGAAUUGAUGGAGUAUCAUCUUCUUACUCUGCUAUGUCACGCUUUGAUCGUUCUUCUUGCUGUGCUAUUCAUAUGGUCUAAUGCAACCAUGUUCAUUCACAAGUCUCCACCAAAGAUUCCUGAAGUUCAUAUCCCUGAAGAGCCUCUUCUUCAGCUUGCUUCUGGGCUUAGGAUUGAAAUCAACCGUGGGUUUUCUUCUCUUCGUGAGAUUGCGUCUGGAAGGGAUCUCAAGAAAUUCCUCUCUGCUAUCGCUGGAUUAUGGGUUCUAUCGAUCUUGGGAGGCUGCUGUAGUUUCUUGACGUUGGCAUACAUAGGUGUGGUUCUGCUCUUCACUGUUCCUCUUAUCUACGACAAAUACGAAGACAAAAUAGACCCGUAUGGUGAGAAAGCAAUGGCUGAGUUGAGAAAGCAGUACGCUGUUUUAGACGAAAAGGUAUUGAGCAAAAUCCCAAAGGGGCCAUUGAAGAAUAAGAAGAAGGAUUAG